AUGGGUUCCGGCGAACUUCGUGUCGGCCCCAACCGGCUCUUUCAACUGGAAUCCGUCAAUGUAGAGGAUUUCAAGAAAAUCUGCUCCCAGACCACCGAUCCGGCCAGCUAUCCGCUGGCCGUGGCCGUGCAGAAGAAUAUCCCCAUCUAUGAUGCCGCCACCUUUGAUCCCCUGAAUGCAGAUACCACCGCGGCUCUCCAAGCCGAAUGGCAUCACGUCCUUGAAUCAGGACCGGGCAUCUUUGUUCUCAAAGGCAUGUACCAUCCCUCCCGGUACGCAGACACCCUGAACGCCACCAACACGGCUUUCCAACACAUCAUCGAUCGGGAGCGCCAGUCCCUGGGCCCCAAAGGCGAUCAUUUCGCAGCCAGCGGGAAGAAUGACCGCAUUUGGAACUCCUUCAGCAAGCACGCCUUUGUCGACCCCAGCUCCUUCAUCACCUACUACAGCAAUCCCUGGCUGCGUGUGGUUAGCGAAGCCUGGCUAGGUCCCGCCUACCGGGUGACCGCCCAGGUCAACAUCGUCAAGCCCGGCGGCGCCGCCCAAGAUAGCCACCGGGACUACCACCUUGGAUUCCAAGAGUUGGAUCGAUGUGCGGCCUUCCCGCGGAGCGUUCAGCUCGCUAGCCAGUAUCUGACGUUACAGGGGGCCGUCGCACACAGCGAGAUGCCGGUAGAGAGUGGUCCUACACGAUUCCUGCCCUUUAGCCAGACAUAUGCUCCGGGAUAUCUGGCGUGGCGGCGGGACGACUUCCGGGCGUUCUUCCAAGCGAACUAUGUGGCGUUACCGUUGGAGUUUGGCGAUGGGUUGUUCUUCAACCCGGCGGUAUUCCAUGCCGCGGGGGCCAACGAGAUGGCCGAGAGCACGGGGUUCCAUCGCAAGGCCAACCUGCUGCAGAUUGGAUGUGCUCUGGGGAAGACGAUGGAGCACAUCGAUGCGGUGCCAGUGGUGGAAAAGUGUUGGGAGGAGGUCAGUGAGAGGUAUCGCCGGCAGGGAGGGUUAAGUGCAGAGUUGGAGGCAUGGGUAUAUGCCGUGGCAGAUGGGUAUCCGUUUCCCUCGAACCUGGAUCGCCGGCCCCCUGCUCCGAGUGGGAUGGCGCCGGAGAGCGAGCAAGAGAUGAUUGUGCGGGGGUUGCAGGAGGCAUGGGAUCGAACCAGGAUUGUGGAGGAGUUGCGAGGGCUGCAGAGAGAGGGACGGGGACACCAGGAGGUGUAG